AUGGCUGCAGCACCCCCCACCCGCCCCCGCCGUCUCCUGCCCCUCUGCCUGGGGCUCUUCCAGGGCGCCCUGCUCCUCUUCUUUGCCCUCUUCUUCACCUACGACAAGCCCUCGGCGCAGGCAGGGGAUGCCAGCUUGGUGGCCAACCAGCUCUACAGCAUCUUCCCCCUCUUCCAGGACAUCCAGGUGAUGCUGGUGGUGGGGCUGGGGCUCUUGCUGACGUUCCUGCCCCGCUAUGGGCUCAGUGCCCUCACCCACAACUUCCUCCUGCUCAACUUCUCCAUGCAAUGGGCACUGGUGAUACAGGGCUUGCUCCAUCACUUCCACCACGGCCAGGUCCAUCUGGACCUCCGCAACCUCCUCACUGCCGAGUUUGCUGCUGUGACCGUGCUCAUCUCUGUGGGGGCCGUCCUGGGGAGGGCCAGCCCCUGCCAGCUCCUCGUCGUGGCCGCCUGCGAAGUCCCCAUCUACUUCGCCAGCGAGUGGGCCAUCGUCACCCGACUGGGCAUCCUGGAUGUGGGGGGCACCAUCACAAUCCACGUCUUCUCAUGCUAUUUUGGCCUCGGCAUGUCCAAGGCUCUGUUUGGGGCAGUGCGGCAGCCAGUGCACCCCAAGGAGACCCCAACACCCAGCUCCGACCUCCUAUCCCUCGUGGGGACGCUUAUCCUCUGGGUUUUCUGGCCAAGUUUCGUGGCCGUCCUCUGCCAACCGGGUGAUGCCCAACAUCGUGCCAUCCUGAACACCCUCCUGGCCAUGAGUGCCAGCACUCUGACCACCGUAGUGGCCUCCAGCCUGCUGGACAAGGAUGGCAAGCUCAGCCCCAGCCACCUGCAGAAUGGCAGCCUGGCUGGCGGGGUGGCCAUCGGCGCGGUGGCUGACAUGGCUGUGCCGCCGGUGGCCGCUCUUGCCCUGGGCAGCCUCUCGGCCAUGGCAUGCGUCCUCGGCUUCAGGUUCCUCACCCCGCUCCUCGCGAGGAAGCUCAUGCUCCAGGACCAGUGCGGCAUCCACAACCUCCACGGUUUGCCCGGCAUCCUCGGCGCCGUGGCCAGUACCGUGGCCAUCCUGGUGGCAUCCAAGGACACCUCCGGGUCCCGCUUCUCCCAGGUGUCCCCCGCCGGGGGCAAUGUCAGCGAGGCAGCAUGGGGACUGGGGGGGGACCACAGUGCAGGCGGGCAGGCGCUGUGCCAGGCGGCGGGUCUGGCGGUGGCCAUCGGUGGCUCGCUGGUUGCCGGGCUGCUCACCGGUGCCGCGCUCCGGCUGCCCUGCCUUGCCCAGCUGCCUGAGCGGCUCUGCUUCGACGACUCGUUGUAUUUUAAGAUCCAGGAUCAGGCCAAGAGCCUGGGGCUGGGUGGCACCGACGAGGAAGGAGCCCUGGCGCUGAAGGAGCAGGUUUAG